AUAUUUCUGAAGGGCAAAAUAACUUAUGGGGGUUUUGGUUGAUAUAUUGACAUUACAGUUUCACCAUGACCGUCGAGUUUUUGUCAUCUCGCUGCUCUCUUUUCUCUACUCAAGGGUUAAUUAUCAGUUCGAUUCAUAACAUAAUGAUUUGAUCAGGUAAUAACCCUUCGAGAUAUUCAUAUUCUGGGAUGACUGGAGUCCUCGGGCAGAUGAGAUUUGUUGGCUUGUGUUUGAAUGAUCUUUACGAUGUGUAACAUACAUCCCUGCUAAAACGAAAGCAGGUUUAAGAGCUGGGGGCGUCAAGCAGUUCCGGUCUAAGAGUUCAGACAAUCAGAACUCCCAGAGAUGUUCUGACUUUUUCUGAGACUGGCUUUUAUCAUAAUAUGCUGACGGACAAGACCACACAGUACAAAAGCACACGGAUUCAGAGAAAGGGUUUAUCUGGGGGUUUUAAAGAAGAGUUUUAAGUGGCGUUUCUAUUUUCGAUGCCGCUUUAUAGUUAUUGCUUUUACACUUUUGUAGUCGGUGAAAAAAAAAACCAGUUUUUUUGCUUUUGUUUUGGUACCCAGAUUCAGACAACACAGAUUUUCGUUUUAUUUCCAUAGUCCACUCUACCUAAAUAAAUACUAGACAGUUUUCAGUAAUACUCAUUUCACAUUCUUAUUAAUAAUCUCCUCUUCCUGGUUUAAGUUUCAUCCUCUCUCUUUCUCGUUCCUGUAGGUUCAGAAGUUUUUUAGUAGUUUUUGAGUUGGUUUAAUUAGAGAUAUGUACAGACAGAAAAGAACUUCCUGAAGAAACCCACCUACACCUGCGUUUUGAUUUUGUGAGAAAAAAAAACAGAAAAUGGAUUCAAAUAGCAGGGGAACCAAAACAAAGAAGAAUUCUCCUUCUACAUCAUCAACAAACAAUAAGAAGAACAAAGCAAAUGAUCAGUAUAACGAAGAUGCUAAUCUUCUUGCUGAUUUCGAAUCAAGUAGUAAAUCAGGUACAUCUUUUAACUAUCCAGAAUUAAUUCAUUCUGCUAAAAUACCAGUACCUGAACAACAAAUUUCUGCCUAUCUUACUAAAAUUCAAAGAGGUGGUUUUAUUCAGUCUUUUGGUUGUAUGAUUACCAUUGAGGAACCUUCUUUUAGAAUCAUUGCUUACAGCGAGAACACCAUCCGGCUUUUGGAUAUUUUAAAUGAUUGUACCGAUAACUCAGAAUAUCAAAUUCUUCUAGGCUUAGAUGCUCGAACAUUUUUCACACAUUCCUCUGGAGAUUCUCUCACAAAAGCUACGGCUUCUUUCGAUAUUUCUUUGUCGAACCCUGUAUUAGUCCAUUCAGUAAGCACCCAGUCACCUUUUUAUGCCAUACUACACAGGAAUGAUGUUGGAACUGUUAUUGAUUUCGAACCAGUUUUAUCCGGUGAUCCUGCAUUUUCUGUUGCUGGUUCCAUGCAGUCACAGAGAUUCGCUGUUCAAGCAAUUUCCAGGUUGCAGUCAGUUCCUGGUGGAGAUAUUGGUGCCGCUUGUGAUACCUUAGUUGAAGAUGUCCGGGUGCUCACUGGAUAUGACAGGGUGAUGGUUUACAAAUUUUAUGAAGAUGAACAUGGUGAGGUUAUUUCCGAGAUAAGGAGGUCUGAUUUGGAGCCUUAUUUAGGAUUGCAUUAUCCUGCAACAGAUAUCCCUCAAGCUGCUCGAUUUCUGUUCCAACAAAACCGAGUUAGGAUGAUAUAUGAUUGUCAUUCAGAUCCUGUUCCAGUUAUUCAAAGCCAAGAACUAAAGCAACCAUUGUUGUUAGUGAAUUCAACCGUUCGAUCACCGCAUGCUUGUCAUACACAGUAUAUGGCCAAUAUGGGUUCAAUUGCUUCCCUUGUUAUGGCGAUUCUUAUAAAUGAGAAUGGGUCGUUAAAGCUUUGGGGUUUAGUUGCUUGUCACCAUUGUUCACCACGUUACGUUCCUUUUCCCCUGCGUUACGCUUGUGAAUUCCUCAUUCAAGCAUUUGGUCUACAUUUGCGUAGAGAACUUAAUUUGGUGUCACAACUGGAGGAGAAAAAAACUCUCAAAACGCAAACCUUGUUGUGUGAUAUGCUCCUCAGGGAUGUCCCAUUUGGGAUUGUGACUCAGUCUCCAAAUAUUAUGGACCUGGUGAAGUGUGAUGGAGCUGCAUUGUAUUAUGAAGGAAAAUGUCAAUUGUUGGGUGUUACUCCAAAUGAAAAACAGAUACAAGAUAUUGCAGAUUGGUUGCUUACUUAUGAUAGUGAAUCAACAGGAUUUACUACCGAUAGUUUGGUUGAUGCUGGGUACCCUGGUGCAGAGUUGCUCCUUGAUGUGGUUUGUGGCAUGGCCACUGUAAGAAUAAAUUCGAAAGAUUUCUUGUUCUGGUUCCGAUCUCGCACUGAAAAAGUAGUUAAAUGGGGAGGAGCUAAGCAUCAUCUUGAGGAUAAAGAUAAUGAUGGCAAGAUGCACCCUAGGUCGUCGUUUAAGGCUUUCCUUGAGGAAGUAAAAUAUAAAAGUUUGCCAUGGGAACUUUUGGAAAUGAAUGCUAUCCAUUCUCUACAACUGAUAAUGCGAGGUCAAAGUGGUACUGGUAUAUCAAUUGAGCGGCAACUGAUGACUGAAGGGGUGGAUGAACUCAGAUCUGUGGCUUCCAAAAUGGUCAACCUGAUCGAGACAGCAAUUGUCCCAGUUAUUGCUGUAGAUUCUCAUGGUAACGUCAAUGGUUGGAACACCAAAGUUGCUGAAUUGACAGGGUUACCAGAAACAGGAGCUUUGGGUAAAUCCCUAAUUAAUGAGCUUGUCUGUGAAGAAUCCCGUGAGACUGUUGAUAAUCAUCUCUCUCGAGCUCUGCAAGGAGAGGAGAGUAAAAAUGUUCAGAUAAAACUAAGAACUUUUGGGUCGCAGCAGCAAAAUGAGGCUGUAUAUAUAGUUGCAAAUGCAUGUACCACUAAGAACUGCUCAGACAAUGUUGUUGGUGUAUCCUUCAUGGGUCAAGAUGUCACGAAAGAGAAAGCUCUCAUGGAUAAAUUUAUCCGAUUGCAGGGAGAUUACAAAGCUAUCAUACAAAGUCUUGAUCCGUUGAUUCCACCAAUAUUUGCUUCAGAUGAGAAUGCAUGUUGCUGUGAGUGGAACACAGCAAUGGAAAAGCUAACAGGUUGGACAAAGGGAGAAGUUAUUGGUAAAAUACUUGCUGGUGAAAUAUUUGGGAAGUUGUGCCAGCUGAAAGAUCAAGGUGCUAUCACUGAGUUUAUGGUCCUCUUGUAUCAGGCAAUUUGUAGUCACGUUACCUUGAAAUUCCCAUUUGUUUUUUUUGAUAAACGAGGGGAAUACUGUAAGUUUGUGCUAACAGCGAAUAAGAGGGUUGAUAUGGAAGGGAAUACCAUUGGAUGUUUUUGCUUCCUCCAAAUGGCAGUCCCAGACCUAAUACAAGAUGUGCAAAACCAGCAAGAGAGGAAGUGUCUUGUGAGACUUAAGGAGUUGGCAUACAUUCAAGAAGAGACAAAAGCGCCUUUGGGUGGAGUUCGUUUUGCCCACAAACUCCUGGAGUCUAGUUCUCUAUCAGAUCAAAUGAAGCGGCUUUUGAAGACCAGUGAUGCAUGUGAGAAGCAGAUGGUAAAGAUCAUUGAGGAUUGCAGUUUAGAAAGUAUUGAGAAAGGGUCUAUGGAGCUACAUAAGGACUGGUUUUCACUUGGAAUUGCUAUGGAUGCAAUUAUUAGUCAAGUAAUGAUUUUGUUGACAGAAAAGAAAUUGCAGCUCAAUUAUGAAAUCUCAGAGAAAACCAAAACACUAUCCAUAUACGGGGAUCAAAUUAGACUUCAACAACUUCUAACAGCUUUUCUGCUACAUAUAGUACACCAUGCACCAUCCCCCGAGGGUUGGGUAAAUAUUGAAGUUGAACUCAGCUCUGUUUUAUAUCAGGAUUCAGGAACAGUUUUGCAGUUACAAUUCAGAUUGGCUCAUCCUGGAGAAGGACUACCUCCUGAACUCGUACAAGAUAUGGUCAGUGGAGGAACGCAGUGGUCUUCACCGGAAGGUGUAGGGUUAAGCUUGUCAAGGAAGCUUCUGAGGAUGAUGAAUGGUCAAAUUCGUUAUAUCAGGGAACCAACGAAAUGUUUCUUCCUCAUUCAUAUCAAGUUUCCAACUACUUGGGAAACAUGUUUGCAAUCAAAUGAUGUGUUGGCAUGUUAACAAGUCCAGCUAGCUCAUUGCAACAUGCGCAAAAUUUUGACAGGCAAUGGUUUAAUUUUGCAAUAAGAUGUUUGGUUUUGUGUAGUUUUUCUUUCUUUUUGUUGUUGGCCAUGGCCAAAACAUGACUGGUGGCCCAAGGAAUGCAAUUGCAGAUUUCAUCAGUUGUAGAAACAAAAGGCUCUCCAGCAUAAACACUGGUCAGACGCCUCACCAAUGUUAGUGUAAUAGAUUUUUUUUCUUCUUUUACUGUAACAAGAGAAGUGAUAGUCAGGCUUCCAAAUCUUUGUACAUUUACUUCACAGCAAGAUGAAACAAAAAAGAGUCAUAUUCAUAUAUACUCUUUCAUGAAAAAGGAUGAAAUUACAAAAGCAUCGUCAGUUAUGUUCACUCUAUACAUUUUUUUGGUAAGCCAACUUUUGAAUCAUCCUGUAAGAUUUUAGACUACCCAUACAUACAAAUGUAUCAUCCCCAUAUAUAAACAUGUAUUCAUAUUUGCAGUAACCAGUUCAACCC